GUCCUCCUUGUAUAAUAAAUAUUGCUCCAAUUUGUUGGUUAACUUAAGUACGUGCGGAGAUCGUUGAAAAAAAAAGAAGCUUCAAAUAAUCAAAAGGAAGUUUGCUGGUUUCAUGAAGCAGCUGAUGAGGACAAAACUAAAAUUUUAUUUGCUUCAUUCUACAGAUUCUACUAAAGUGGAACAGAUCUCACAAAGCAAGGAUGCUGUACAAGGCCCUUUGCAGAUUCAGAAGGAUAAGGUCCAAGGAAAGGCUGUUGAUUUCCUUCCUCAAAACGUGUUGUCGGAUGCCAAAGUUGAGGGAAUGGAUGCAACACGAGCAGAUUCCCACAUUCCAGAAUAUCUUGCUCCAGCUCCAACCUUUUCUCCACUAAGGGAAGAUGAUGCACAGGUAGCAUUAGGUAUUGAUGUGGAGAAAAAUGGCAGUGCUGUUCGGCCAGAAGUUAGUACUGAGGCCAAGGUGACCACUUCCUCAGCAAAAGUUACUGCAAAAGACAAGGGGAAAACUCGGAGUAGCAAUAUUAUUUGUAACAAGGCACAGGAUAUAAACUCUCUUGCGUCGAUUGAGGAGUGCUUGGAACUGCAUUUUGAAGCAGAGACGGUAGAACUGACCUGUGAGAACUGCUCCAAGUUUGCUCAGAAGCUGAAUAAAAGUGUAAUUCAAACACGUCUUAGCCUGCUGCCACCUGUACUAGUCAUUCAUCUGAAAAGAUCAUUGUUGCAGUCUGAUAAGGUGAAAGGACAUGUGAGCUUUAAGGAAAUCCUUGAUGUGGGACUGUUCAUGGACCCCAGCUCAGUGGACAAAGAUAAUUCAAUUUAUCGUCUAGCUAGUGUUAUUGAGCACCAUGGCCACGGCAAAGAUUCAGGGCACUUUGUUGCUUAUGUGAGACAAAGUCGUCCGCAGCAGACCAAUGGCUCUUCCUCAUGGUUUUGGGCAAGUGACACCGACAUCAGAGAAGUCCCUUUAGAAGAAGUUCUCAAGUGCGAGGCUUACCUUCUUUUCUAUGAGAGGAUGGAAGGCUGAGAUGUGUGGAAUUCUAUAUCUACCAGCUGCUAAUUAGAAUAGCAAUCACACAGGAUUCUUUGGAUGGCCAAGAAUCCAGUUCAAAUUUGUACAUACUGACUGUUGGCUUGCGAUCAAGAUGAUUUCUGUUGCUUUGGCUGAGUCAUUGCAGGACUUCAAUUUGGCCGCAACAUAUACGUUCCAGAUUUCGGUUGUUCUUUGACUAGCUGAUCUAGUUACAGGCAUUCUUAUCUACCUUUUUGUCCGAGAAGAAUGCAUUAGGCCUUUGGUACAGUUUUGUCGGAUUGUACUGUUGUUAGCAAUUUCUGUACAGUACUAUGGAAAAUUUGUAACAUAUCAUUUGAUUUGUUGAGCUACACUGUAUGCAUGGUGAUUCAGAUACUCGUUGAAGUAGCAAUAACAAGAGCAUUCUUUCUUUC